ACUCUUUGUCUAUGUCUCGAAUUCUAUGGUAAAAAGUAAUGCGAUUGCGGGGGAAUCCUUUGAUUUCUAAAGUGGUAUAAAAUAACCAGUCAUUUUCUUUACUUAUUAAAUCAUUCAGUUCAGUUAUCAGAAGCGUGAAGAAGCAAGGAAAGUGAUGUCCUAAAAUAUAAACGUUUUUCAUACACAUCGGACUUGUAACAAGAUGUACCAAAAAUGUUGUCUACAUUAAGUGGUAGCGGCGUGUUCAGCAGCCGCGUGGAUUACUUCUGCCUGGUGUGCGAGUCUCGGCUCAGGGACGAGGCUGACGCGGCCGCACACGUCGCCAAGCCUGUGCAUACCAAGAACUUUCUCACUACUGAAUACUUCGAAAAUCAACAAGAAUGCGUCAGAAAGAUAAAAAAAUGGUAUUUGUGCGAGUUGUGCAACGUGUUGUUGCCGACUGCGGCCCGAGUGCGGCUGCACGUGGUGGAGGCGGGGCACUGGGAGCGCAGGGCUGCGCUGGCGGUGCAGCGUCGCGCGGGCAAAGUCCUCGUCUUCGCCAACGUGCAGCUUGACGACAGAGCGUGGAAUGGCAUCGUGGAUGACACAUGCGCGAUCUGCAACAUCGAGUUUGACGACGAACACAUUCACAGGAACGAGACGACACACAUAUUGAAGCUGAUUCAAAGCAAAAUCGAAUAUGAUGAAAAUCAAAAUAUUUAUCGUUGGGUUGAUGAGUCUUCUUUUCAAUGCUUAACAUGUAAUAUGGUCUUGGCUUUGAACUCGAUUAAUGAACAUUUCGAUGAAAUCGAACAUAAAGAUAUAUAUAGACGUUGUUGUGAUAAUUUCAAAAUUACUGAAAAUACUGCAACAAACGAAACAAUUGAUAGUUCUAAAAACAAUAACAAACGUAAAAAAGAAGUUCCAACUAAAAUAACAGAUAGAACAGAAACUUUAGCUGUAUUAAAUACAACUAAUAAAAACAAAACGAACAUUGAAAGCAAUGAAAAAGCAGAAAUUAAAACGUCUACUGUAAACUCAGAUUCUAAAACAAUACAAAAUAAUACGAAAGAAAAUUUUAAAGAGGUGGAAACUGUCAAAUCAGCCCCAAUAGAUGAUUCAGAGAUAUGUGACAUAUUAAAUGCAAAAGAAUAUAUAACAAGAGAUGAAAAUGGAAAGAACUGGUGUAUAUUAUGCAAUUGGGUAAUGUCACCUUUAGCUAUAAAACAACACAUAAAUGAUUUACAUCAUCAAACAAUGUUGAAAAUGCAUAAAAAACGUCUUUCAACUCUAAAUACUGAGAAGAAUAUAACUACUAAUACACCAAUCGUAAAAAAUAAUACUAUAAAAAAUAAAGAAAACAUUGAUAAAGAAAGCGUUUUAAAUGCAGUUGACAAAUUCCAAAAAAAUAAUAUUAAUAUAAAUUUUGAAAUUGAAACAGCUGUAUGUAAAAAGUGUUCAAAGCAAUUAGAUUUUAAUGCACAAUCUAUUGAGAAUCAUAUUAAAGAACAUGGUAAAAUUAAAAACAAAAACGAUGACCGUAAAGAGAUUCCAUUAGGAUUGGAUAUCACAAAAGAUCUACCUUCUAAUAAAGAAACAUCUUUAUAUACAACACCCGUUAAAAUAAACAAAGAAAAGCAGGAAAAGAUAAAAGAUAUGACGGAUUCAAAGAUAAAAAAAGAAUCAUCCUUUACAUCGGAUUUAAAUGAAUUACAAACAUAUGCAAAACAAAAUAAUAUGACAUACAAAGAUAAUGAAAAGAAAAUUCAUUGCAACAAAUGCAAUAUAGAUUUAACUCUAUCGAUGAAAAUAUUAAAGGAACAUGUCAGCUUAGAACAUAAAAAGAAAAACGAGGAACCUUCACAUGGGAAUCUUACAUCAAAAUCAAAGCAAAUCGAUAAAGAAAUCAAUCUUAUUAAAAUACCAACAAGAUCUUUCAUUGUGUCAGCAGUUGCUAUUGAUUCGUUGCAUAAAGAAAUUAUUAUAAAUGAUAAAUUUUGUAUAAAUUUGUUCAGUUUUUGUUUAAUGUUUAGUCAAAAUAAAAGAUUAACAUGUAUUGCUUGCGAUUGCAGUGUACCUUUUCAGGAUUUUCAUAAACAUCUAGAUACGGAGAAACAUGAACAGAUUUUGGAUAAAAGUCUAGUGGUGGUUCAGUUGGAAAAUGAGUUUAUAAGAGAGUACAAACCGGGUUGUUACCAAUGUGGUUACUGCAAUACUGUAUGUGAAUCAUGGUCUACUACGGAGUCCCACAUACAGACUACUGACCACAAGAACAGUAGGAUAGCAGCACAAUGGCGUCUGCAGCAAUUGCUACCAGAAGUCGCCAAAAAACGACAACAAAAUCAAUUACAUGAAAAGUUUAUGAUGCAUAUGAUGUUCGCUGACGGUGGCUGGAAUUCUUGUGAUAGUGAUUAAAUCAUCAUCAACCUGCCUUUAUUCCUACGGAGGGUCGAAUCUCUCCCCCUGAAUCUAACCCCUUUCUAUGCAUAUCUUCUUUCACACAUUCCAUACAUUCUUUGGUCUUCCUCUGCCUUUGUAGCCAACCACAUUCAAUCUCAUUACUUUUUUGCUAAUAUCAUCAUCAUCCCUUCGCAUAAUAUGUCCACGCUAACUCCUCAAUUUCUCGAUCACUGGCGCUACUUGCAAACUUCCUCUAAUAUACACAUUUUGAAGUUUAUCCUAUCUUGUCCUAACAUAUCCAUCGUAACAUAUUCAUUCCAUCUACAUGCAAUCUUUCAUCCGAAACUUUGGUGUCCCAAUAUUCAGUUUCGUACUGAUUAAAUAACAUCCAAUUACCUCUGAAAUUAAAAAAAAAAACAAAAUUGAUUUAUUGUUUUAACAAAAAUGGUACAUAACAAUACAUGUGCCGGGACUUCUAUUUAAGCAUCCAUUAAGGGCUUGUGAUUGGAAGUCGUACUCUACUGUGUGACAAAUAAUAGCUAUGGUACCUCAUAAUAAAUAGCCUCAUAAUAUAUACCUAAUAAUAGUUACAUUUAUGUAUUUAAUUUUUGUCAUAUUUAUGAUCAAAUUUAUCUGUGUGUCCGUUUAGACAUAGGCCACAUCCAAUUUCCUCCAUUCCUCUCUUAAUGUCGUCAUUCUGGUUCAAGUAUGUCUCGCUACAGCCUACUAAAUCCAUGUAUAAUACAAAAAACAAUUUAUUCUUUGACAAAUAAACAAAAAAAUUCAGAGUUAAGUUAAAAAAAUCACAAUUAACAAGUGAAAAAGGCAAUUAACUUAUGGUAUCUGGAUGUUCCAAAACUUAAUUCAUAUAUUUUGUAUAUUGUAUUGAAGGCAGUUUUAGAUGAUUAAAGGACACAUAUUGUUUUAUCUAAUUUGAAUAACAAUUGUGAGUACAGGAAAUAACUAAAAUGAUAAAAUUGAAGUUAUCGUAUUUCCUAUCCGCAACCAUAACAAUUAUUCACAUUAUUGAGAAUCAAUUCAGUGAAUAUAAAUCUGUUAAAAUUAAACUUAUUCUGUAUUAUCCCAAAAAUUAUAUUGGACACUUUGUUAAACACGUGAAUUAACCCUUUGGACGCCAGUUAAGGAUAUGGACGUCAAAGUGGUUAUAUAUUUCACCAUAAAUAUAUAUCACCACACACUUUAGGUAUGAAUAUUUCAUUAAUUGUUGGUCAAGAACUCAUUUCGUAAACGCAUUAAUACUGUUUUCAAUAGCCAUGAUUUGUCAAAAAUCCGCGCCAGACGUUACAGUCACGGUAUAACAAGUUUGACGUAUGUUUAAGCUAAAAUGAAUUUGAAAUAUUGUCUAUUAUUUGUAUGUUACAAUUAAAUAAAAAAAGUUUCACUAAUUUUG